GGCUAAAAGAGAUUAUUAUGCAAACAAAUUCACAAAUAAUAAACAGAAUCCUAAAUAUGCUUGGAGAACAAUAAACGAUAUAUUAGGUCGAAACAGAAAACAGACUACGAUUAAUGAAAUUAAACUCCCAGGUAAAACUGUUACAUCGACCGACGAUUUAGUCGACAUUUUUAAUGAUCAUUUUAGUAAUAUUGGCCCAAAGCUUGCUGAGUCUAUUCCAAAUGACAAUGACGUUAGUUUUCGAGAUUUUAUUACUCAACAAAAAUCUAAGACAAAGAACAGUUUCUCAUUUCGACCAGUGAGUGUAACAUUGGUUUACACUCUUCUAGUUAAUUUGUCUACCACCAAAGCGACUGGAAUGGAUAAAUUUUCAGCUAAAAUUCUACAAAUAGCAGCUCCAGUUAUUGCACCUUCUCUUACUGAGAUUUUUAAUAUGUCAAUUGACUCGGAUCAAUUUCCUUCUGAUUGGAAAGCUGCAAGGGUUAUUCCAUUGUUUAAGAAAGGUCAGCGGUCCAUGUUGGACAACUAUAGACCGAUAUCAAUCCUUCCUGUAGUAAGUAAACUUAUGGAAAGAAUUAUGUAUGAUCAAAUGUAUGAGUAUCUUAACCAGAAUAAUCUUUUCUCAAAACACCAAUUUGGUUUCAGACCUUAUCAUUCCACAACUACUACAUUAUUGGAUUAUACGAACGAAUGGUAUACCAACAUGGACCGUGGGCUGUAUAACUUAGUUGUUUUUCUUGACCUAAAAAAAGCAUUCGAUACAGUCGACCACGAAAUACUGUUAA